UGGAGGGUGAAGACAGCAGCUGGUCCGACAACAUAUAAGUGUUUCUGUAUGGAAUAUGAUCAAAUCUCUGACUUUGUUUUGUAAAGGAAUUAGAUUGGAGUUCACCUGCGAAUCAUGGGACUUUCUUUAACUCGGAAUGCUGAAGAUCGCUCUCCUCCAGCUGUCGUCCUAAAUUAGCUGAGCUCUGUGAAAGGAUAGCCGUUUCAACUGACCCCUUCUGCUCCUUGAAGCUCCAGCCGUCCGUGACACCCAAAUGCCGCCUGUCUUUCAUCAAACUGGUCACUCCUAAAGAAAAAUGGACUUGGAGUGAAAAGAAACCCCUUCAUGUGGACUCUAGGACAACUCUCAAGCUAGCCAGAUAGCUGGCCCUCGGACUCAAAUGGGUGGCCUAUGACGAUGUAACCGAUAGGGGGACUUGAGUUCUCGCUUUCCCAAGAAGCCGCAAGACGGAUAUGAGCUUGAGUCGAUAAAACAAACCUUCCAUCGCUUGAGGGCUUCUCUAACGUCAUGCAGUCAUCUGAGGAAUUGUUUACCAGGAAGCUGAAAGCAUUGAAUGGGAGUAUGGGACAUCCAGCGACCAACACACAGGGCAAGCUGGAAGGGGGUGGGAAAACCAAUGGGACGCCCGCCAUGCCUAAAAUGGGGGUGCGAGCCAGGGUGACGGACUGGCCCCCGAAAAAGGAGGGUUGGGAAAGCCGAGGCGGGCCCAACUACGAGAGCGUCAUCGCGGCCUUUCAGAACGGGCAGCCGGACCAAAGCGGGGAGAUCACGGAUUUGGGGGAUUCGGAUUAUUCGGAUGCAAAAUAUUCCCUGAGUGACCUUCUAAGUCUAUCCCCUUUGAAGGGGCUUCAUCCCAUUCGCCAGCGGAGUAAUAGUGACGUGACCAUCAGUGACAUUGAUGCGGAGGACAUAUUGGACCAGAACGCCGUCAACCCAAACACUGGUGCCUCGUUGCAUCGGGAAUACGGCAGCACUUCCUCUAUUGACCGCCAGGGUCUCGGGAAUGAAGGGUUCUUUACCAUGUUGCGAGGGUACCGGAUCGACAGUUUGGACCAUCGCAGCGCCCCGCCCGUCGGUUUCCCAGAACUCCUUCGCUACGACACUACCCUCUCCCCGAGCUUGCAGACCGCCGCUCAAAUCGCCCGCGGUGAGAUCGUCCGAAUCUCAGGCUACGACUACGUGGACGGCUCGCUCCUCUACAGCCGAGAAAGGGAGAAGUCUUUCAUGCGUCGUCUCAAGUCGGAGUCGUCCGAGACGUCGCUUUUUAGGAAGUUGAGGACUAUUAAAAGCGAGAACGAUGGUUUGCGACUCUCCACCGAGCAGGACGACCGCCGGCCGCUCAGUUUUCAGAAAUGCUUUGCUCACUAUGACGUCCAGAGCGUACUCUUCAACAUCAGCGAAGCGGUGGCGAACCGCAUCAGCCUCAACCAGAGGAAAAACACCACAACCGGAGCUUCUGCUGCCUCGCAGUACCAAAUCCCAGGAGGCGGACAGGUGGGUGCCAAUAAUACCGGACCUGCGUCCAUGUUCGAAUCGCCGCUGGGAAGUCGGGAAGACCUCAAUCCCAAGGAGAACCUGGAUGCGGACGAGGGGGAUGGGAAAAGCAAUGGUUUGGUGCUCAAUUGCCCGCAUUUUCGCAAUGAGGUUGGUGGAGAGGGGGAGAGGAGGAUCUCUCUCUCCAGGGCCACGAACAGCACUUACAGUGCUGGAGGAGAAAACUGCUCUUUCGAGUCAUCCUUGAGCUCGCACUGCACCAACGCUGGUGUGUCUGUGCUGGAGGUGCCACGGGAAAGCCAGGCAAUCCACCGUGAAAAGGUCAAGCGGUACAUCAUCGAGCAUAUCGACCUGGGAGCGUAUUAUUACCACAAAUUCUUCUAUGGCAGAGAGCACCAGAACUACUUCGGGGUGGAUGAGAACUUGGGCCCGGUGGCCAUCAGCGUUCGGAGAGAAAAGCUGGACGAUGGGAAAGACAAAGAGGCAUCGCAGUUUAACUAUCGGGUCACCUUCAGGACCAGUCAGUUAACCACCUUACGCGGGGCGAUCCUGGAGGACGCUGUGCCGUCCACGGCGAGGCACGGGACGGCCCGCGGUCUCCCACUGAAGGAGGUGCUGGAGUACGUGGUGCCGGAGCUGAACAUCCAGUGCCUCCGACUGGCCCUCAACUCUCCCAAAGUCCCCGAGCAGCUCCUCAAGCUGGACGAGCAGGGGCUGAGUUUCCAGCACAAAGUGGGCGUCCUGUACUGUAGAGCUGGGCAGAGCACAGAGGAGGAGAUGUACAAUAACGAGAACGCCGGGCCGGCGCUGGACGAGUUCCUGGAUCUGCUCGGUCAGAGAGUCCGACUGAAGGGCUUCAGCAAGUAUAGAGCACAGCUGGACAACAAGACGGACUCCACCGGCACUCACUCGCUCUACACGACCUACAAGGACUAUGAGCUGAUGUUCCACGUGUCCACGCUUCUGCCCUACACACCCAACAACAGGCAGCAGUUGCUCAGAAAGAGGCACAUAGGAAAUGACAUCGUCACCAUCGUGUUUCAGGAGCCCGGUGCCUUGCCCUUCACACCCAAAAACAUCCGGUCCCAUUUCCAGCAUGUGUUCGUCAUCGUUAAAGUUCACAGUCCGUGCACUGAGAAUGUCUGCUACAGUGUUGCAGUUUCCAGAUCGAAAGACGUGCCUCCGUUCGGCCCUCCCAUUCCCAAAGCCGUGACCUUUCCCAAGUCCGCCGUCUUCAGGGACUUCCUGCUGGCUAAGGUGAUCAACGGGGAGAACGCGGCGCACAAAUCCGAGAAGUUUCGUGCCAUGGCGACCCGUACGCGGCAGGAGUAUCUCAAGGACCUCGCGGAGAACUUCGUGAGCACCGCGACGGUGGACUCCGCGGUGAAGUUCAGCUUCAUCACACUGGGCGCCAAGAAGAAGGAGCGCGUGAAGCCGCGGAAGGACGCGCAUCUGCACAGCGUGGGGGCCGUCACCUGGAGCGUGGUGGCGCGGGACUUCGGACAGUCUGCGGACGUGGAGUGCCUGCUGGGGAUCUCCAACGAGUUCAUCGUGCUGAUCGAGGAGGAGUCCAAGAAUGUGAUUUUUAACUGCUCCUGUCGGGAUGUCAUCGGUUGGUCUUCCGGCGUCAUGAGCAUCAAGAUCUUCUAUGAGCGCGGAGAGUGCGUGAUGUUUUCCGCACACGACAACUGUGGAGAGGACAUUAGAGAGAUCGUACAAAGACUUGAGGUAAGAGCAUUCUUCUACUUUAACUAUCCUACCAUAUAG